AUGACCGAGCCCACGGGCACGCAGCGCGACGACCUGAUCUCGCAGUUUUGUGCCGUCACCGGCACUGGUCCUCAAGAGGCUGAGACAGCACUCCAAGCCACCGAGUGGAAUGUUGAGAACGCCGUCACCAUGUUCUACGCUUCCCAGGAUCAGCCCGACGAGCAGGAUGAUGACGAAUCCACACCCGCACAAGCCCCUCCGGGCUACACUGGCCCUCGCACACUCAGCGGCGCCCCGGCCCCCGCCGCUGAUGAGCCCGAAUCAUCCAGAUCCUCCUCCGGCGCUCGUGGCCAGCAGCGUGGGAGCGCACGCGGCGGUCUCAGGACGUUGAAGGACAUCCAAAGCGAGGGCGCGUCCCAAGGUCAUGCGCAUGGCCACGAUGAUGACGAUGAUGAAGAAGACCAGGAUUUCUUUGCCGGUGGAGAAAAAUCCGGUCUAGCCGUCCAGAACCCGAACAGUGGCCCCAGUACCCGCGACCAGAUCAACAGCAUCCUCGACCGCGCUAGGAGGAAUAUGCCGCGCCCCGGUAGCGAGGACGAGCAGCAGCCUGCCCGCCCAACCCACUUUAGAGGCCAAGGCCAAACCCUCGGUGGCGACGAGGAACCCUCUCGCGUCAUUCCGGACCCUCUUGCCGGCGCAAGCGCUCCUCGUCGCCUUGAACGCGUCCGCCGUGUUAUGCACCUCUGGCGCGAUGGCUUUUCGAUCGACGAUGGUCGCCUCUACCGCUACGACGACCCCGCAAACGCUGGCCUGCUGGAGAUGAUCAACAGCGGACGUGCCCCGCUUGAUAUCUUGGACGUCGAGCACAACCAAGAGGUUGACCUGGAGGUCCAGCCACACAGGGAAGAGGAUUACGUGGCUCCCAAGCCGAAGUACAAGCCUUUUUCUGGUUCGGGCCAGAGGCUGGGCAGUCCCACCCCUGGUGCGACCAGCGGAAGCUCCACGCCUACCCCCGCUGCUGCUCCUGCUGCCACUGCGUCGGGCUCGGCCGCGCCUCAGGCUCCUGCCGUUCAGGUCGAUGACUCGCAACCCACGCUCACCAUGCAGAUCCGCCUCGGUGAUGGAACCCGCCUGCAGUCUCGCUUCAACACGUCGCACACCAUCGGUGACCUCUACGAGUUCGUCAACAGGGCCAGCCCCGCGAGCUUGGAGCGUGAAUAUGCGCUCAUGACUACAUUCCCCAGCAAGGAGCUCAACGAGAAGGCGCUGGUGCUGGGCGACAUGUCGGAGUUCAAGCGCGGCGGUGUCGUGGUGCAGAAGUGGAAAUAG